AUGAAUAAUUCAGGAACCUUCAAACCUUUAGUUUCUUCUGUUUGCAAAACAGCGUUUUCAUGGCAGAGCGCACUUUCCUACUAUCAGCGGUCUCUUCUGGAGUGUGGUUCUUCACUUGAGCUAGAACAUGCGCAGAGAAUAGCACUUUUAUUUCUUAAAGAGAAUGGUGAGGCACAACAAUUGAGCUCUUGGGCGAAACUUUUUACUUCAGAAGGAGUUCCAACUUGUUCCCUUAUGUUGAAGGCACUUGUUAGACAUGAUGUAUGGCGUACUGCUGUAACUUUGUGGAAGUGGAACCCUAAUGAUGCACUUGGGGAGGCUUUAGUGGAUGAAUUGAUGUCCAGAAACCUUUGGGAACAAUCACUAGAUAUAGUUAAUCAUAUUUUAAGUGAUAAUACUAUUGCAUCAGGUGAAUCAAAUAUAAACUCUUUGACAGAUAUAAAAAAGCUAGAAAAUUUUAAAGAUGAUGUCGCUUUAGCUUUAAAUGAUACUAUUCGUCUUAUAAGUGAUCCUACUUUUAUUCCAAUGGAAGAAUGUAAGGCCCAAAGUGGUAUGACCCGUUUGGCGAAUAAAAUGUUUCCAAAGAAAUCUCAAUGGAAAGAAGCUAUUUCUCUAUUAGUAGCACUUAGUGAACGAAAUAUAUCUUCUCAAACACGAAGAGAAAUCUUGGAACUUACUGUUGCAAAAUUUUGUUAUGAUGGUAAACAAUAUCAAGAAGCGUUUAAUUGGAUAAGAAAAAAUGAAAUUGAACUUAACUCCAAUUCUUUAAAACGAACCCAUUUGCGUUGUGCUAUUUAUCUAAAACGAUUUGACAUUGCAAUUUCUGUUUUGGAAUCUUUACAUAAACAAAAUAUAAAAGAAAUUCCCAUUCUUACAUUAUAUGAUUUUUGUAAAGGUUUUAUCAGAGAAAUUAAUGAAGGAAGAUGCUUUGAACUUUUGGAUAGAUUUGCUGAUAUAGUUUCAAAAUGUUCAUCUCUAAUUUCUUCUGAGAAAAUAAGAGUGGAGUUAAAGCAAUUUUUUGUACAAAAUGGUUUGGAUACAACUACACUAGACGUUAUAAACCUUUUGGAACAAACAAAAGGUUCAUCUCUCUUUUUGGGUAAUAAGGUUAUUUCCAAAGAUGAUAUGGGAAGUAUUACUAACAUUGAUCGUGCCGCAACUUUAUUGAUGAGUAAAGGCGAUUGGAAGGCUUCACUAUGUUUGUUGGAGAAAAUUCUGCAGACAGAAGCAGUAAACGAAAAGGAGAAAGUUAUUCUUGAAGCGGCUCAGGCCUCAGUUGGAAAUUGGAAAACUGCUAUUCUGUUUUUUACCUAA